CUUAGUUAUCAGGCGCAGCAGCAUCUCCGCCUGCACUGCGAGGCAGAGGAGAAGCAUUUAUGGUCGAUCAGUGGUUUUCCUUUUUCCUUCAAUCCUCUUCGGGGCAUUGGGGGAGUGAGUUGAAAAGAUCCCUGACGGGUUUUCCUGACGGAUGAAACAUAAAAGGCACGCUGACAUUACCCGGUGAGCCUGCGUUUCAACCCAUGGGUGUGAGAUGACAUUGAGGAUACUUUAGUGGGAGUCUGAGCUUGGACGUCGUGCGCAGGAAAAUGCAUCUUUGGAUCGCUUGUGUUUUGCUGAGCGCCACCGCUGUAUCUACAGCAGGGAUGUCUGAUGAAGGCAUAUGUGAGCGACUGUGUGCCUGCGAGGAGAGAGAGGGGACACUCACUGUGAGCUGUGAGAACAGGGGGAUUGGGAGCAUCUCCGAAAUAAACCAGCUCAACUUCCCCCAGUAUCAUCUGCUGCUCACUGGGAAUGUUUUAAGAAAGCUUGCCGCCGACGACUUUCUUGAAUAUCGAGGACUCACCAUAUUGCACCUGGGAAAUAAUGAGAUCGCCGAGGUGGAAGCUGGAGCUUUUAAUGGACUUCAAGGAUUGAAACGAUUACAUCUCAACAAUAACAAAAUUGAUGCCUUGAAGGAGGAGCUGUUCUGGGGCCUUGAAAGUCUGGAGUAUCUGCAGCUUGAUUAUAAUUACAUCACUCAAGUGGCCCCCAAUGCUCUGGGCGGACUUCGACACCUGGAGGUGUUGAUUCUGAAUGACAACUUGAUAUCGACAUUGCCUGUGAACAUCUUCCAGCAUGUCCCACUGACUCAUCUUGACUUGAGGGGGAAUCAGCUAAAAGUCCUCCCCUACACGGGUCUGCUGGAGCACAUGAACGGCGUGGUGGAGCUGCAGCUGGAGGAAAACCCGUGGAACUGCUCCUGUGACCUGAUCGCCCUCAAAACGUGGCUGGAGAGCAUUUCGUACACGGCGUUGGUGGGCGACGUCGUUUGCGAGUUCCCCUUUCGUCUCCAUGGGAGGGAUCUUGAUGAGGUCUCAAAGCAAGAGUUGUGUCCCAGAAGAGCCAUCGCUGAAUACGAGAUGCCACCGCAGCCUCAUUUCAGCACGGACGGCAACUACAGGAGUACGCCGGCCCUCGCGACGGCUUCCUUAACCUCGUCUGGCAUCGCAAGAUCUUCGUCAAGGCCCACCAAGGGACCUCGGCAGUCGGGUAAAUUAAAAUCAAAACCGACGACUCGACUGGCGGCAAACAAACCCCAGAAUUAUGGCCAAAUUAUUUCCUAUCAAACUAAAUCUCCUGUGCCUUUGGACUGCCCGUCGGCCUGCACCUGCAACCUUCAGAUUUCAGACCUCGGCCUCAACGUCAACUGCCAGGAGCGAAAGAUCGAGCAGAUUUCCGAUUUAGAGCCCAAACCUUACAACCCCAAAAAGAUGUAUCUCACCGGGAACUAUAUCCCCGUGGUGAGAAGAUCGGAUUUCAUUGAGGCAACUGGAUUGGAUUUGCUUCAUCUGGGCAACAAUCGCAUCGCUCAAAUCCAUGACAGAGCUUUUGGUGAUUUGACUCAUCUCAGGAGACUCUACCUUAAUGGGAAUUUGAUAGACCAUCUUACGGCCGAUAUCUUCUACGGACUAGAGAGUCUGCAGUUCCUAUAUUUAGAAUACAAUGUCAUUAAGGAAGUCACUGCAGACACAUUCCAGUACGUCCCUAAACUCCAGCUCCUGUUUCUCAACAACAACCUCUUGAAAACAUUACCAGCGGGAGCAUUUCACGGCCUCACGUUGGCCCGCCUCAAUCUUCGCAGCAACCACCUGCGAUACUUGCCGGUCAGCGGUGUGCUCGAUCAGCUCACGGCACUGGUGCAGGUGGAUUUGUACGAAAACCCCUGGGAUUGCUCGUGUAGCAUUCUCGACUUGAAGAUGUGGCUGGAGCAGCUCAGCACGGGCACCGUUGUCAACAACGUCAUCUGUGGCUCGCCCAAGAGGCUCGCUGGGGAAGACAUGCGAUACAUCAAGACAGCUAAUUUUUGCCCUAAUAACUCGGCCGUACUGGCGUCAAUGAUUCCCCCCUCGGAGGAAUCCUUCCCAGGCAGCACCAUCACCAUCGAAACGUCACUCGACUCCGACACACAGUACAGUGCCAUCCCUUUAUCCGUGAUGAUUCUUGCCCUCCUGCUCAUGUUCAUUUUGUCCGUGUUUGUGGCUGCAGGGCUGUUUGUAACAAUGAGAAAGAGACACCUGAAGAGUCAAAACGAGCAGAAUAACUCCAUGAAUGCGUGUAUUAGCUCUCUUAACAUGGAGUAUGGACUGUAUAAAAAGGGAUCUGUCCCAAAGGUCAGAACGUCAGCUGGACACGUGUAUGAGUACAUUCCACCCGCCUCGGAGCAAACAAGCAGAACCACAGGCCACGCUUCUGCCAACAGCAAAUCCGCUGAGGGGUUUCAGGACUUUGACGAGCUAAGCGGCCCCUUUCUGGGGAACUCGGACGAAGAAGCGGCGAGUAAUGUAAUAGGCUCGGAAUACAGCACCAGCGCUUCGGAGCCUCUCAAUAAGCCUUCCAGCAUGAAACAAGAUGAUCCAUCGCACUACAGAGAAGUCCUCGAUCCUGAGCAGAAGCCCCACUACAGCCAUACGCUACCUUGCAGGCACGCAGCACGUCCGGCCGGUCAGUACGCAUCGGACCUUGAUGCAAGGCCUAGGUACGUGCAUCCUGACAGAGUACAACAGACAAUCCUGUACUGCACAACUCCAAGUACUGUUUAUGUGGAGCCAAACAGAAGCGAGUAUUGGGAACUGAAGGCAAAGCUUCACAUUGAUCCGGAUUAUCUUGAAGUUCUUGAAAAAAGAACAACAUUUACACAGUUUUAAGCGACUCGGCUGCCAAACACACCGAAACGGGACUUUAUACUUCAACGCAAAGAGGUAAAGCACGAAGGCAUCGUCUUUGGUACAAAGGAUUGUGAGCUGCAGCAUGGAUUUUUGUGUACUACUCAAGCUUUGCAGCACUGAGUGAUGACAUGUACUACAUGUCAGCUGAUCCAAUCACAGGUACAUCGACCACGUGAUUCAUGACUGUGCAACGUGAAUAAUGUUUUUGUUACGAUCACAACAUGGGUUGGGAUGACAGUCCUUUGAAUAACGUUUACCUUAACAAACUGAUUUUUUGGAGCUUAUUAUGUGUGAGUUUUCUGCUUGCUAGGAACUAUUAAAUCAAUCUAUCCAUUCUUAACUUUGCUGGUUUGGUAUGAAAUAUCAUCUUUAUAUUUCUCAGGCUGCGGCAGCUUCUCCCAUUGGCCAGUCCCAUUGGCACCCACCAGAUGAGGCAAACUUCAAACUGUAAACAUAUCCAAGUAUAAUCACGGUGAUUUAUGAAGGAGGGGGAAAAAAGACAGAAAGCCUCGACAAAACGUAUGCCGAAUAAAAAGUAAAAUGGUCCAGUGUUGCUACAUCUUGACAAAUAUUUUCACUGCACCAUGUUGGUGGAGUAUUUUGCAGCAGGACUCACCAAUGUUUGUUUUAUUCAAGUUAAAUUGUCUUCAAUGCACGGACAAAAUGAUAGUUUGAAAUAUGAAGAUUGUAGUGACUAUAUAUCGUAGGCAAAUAAAAUUGAACAGGCUUCACGUUGACAAAUAAAAGAUUUCUCGAAAUUCAAAGUUUGAUGCAUUUGUGACAUUUGACACAUCGUUUUUUGUAACUCCGUGUGAAAGGGGAAAUUUGCAAUGGUAAAACUGCUCGCAAGAUUUGAAUGUAACCUCACUUCAAUAAUCCCUUGCCAGUCUCUGACCAAAGCAAGGACCCUCACUAACACGCACAACAUGUGCAGUGUAUUGCAACACUACAGGCCUGAAAUUUCAUUUUGGGGAGUGUAGACUCAAACCAAAAUCAAGAAGAGAUUACCAAAAUUACCUGUUCAACAGAAAUGUUGCAAAUUCUGUGUCGCUUCUGAAUCGUUUCAGUUGUCUUAUGUCCCUAUACUCUUCUUUUAGCCAGGUUUGCGGAAACAAGGGAUGGGUAUUUUUAUUUAUUUUUUUAACGGAAAGGGAUAGUCCGCAUAGUUUUUGCAAAACUCCUAAAACCCACAAAACUAGGUCAGCGUGUGUGCUUGCAGUGCAUGGUAAAUCAUGCCUUCUGUCUUUGAUUGGUUGUUUUUUAUUGGGUGCGGUGGUUUCUCAAAUCAAAUUACAGUAACGGGAUGGAGCUAGACAAGGCGGAUCUUUUUUAACGGAUCAUUUUGCAGACAAAUGUCCCAAAAUGUUGGUGAAAGUUGUUUUGAAAACUGCAAACUCCUCCUUUGACAAGCUUAUGUUUUCGCAUGAGUUCUGUCAACAUUUGUCAACAAGCUGCACAACAACAAACAUCCAGUGCAACAGCAAAUUUCUUUAUUUGGGUACGUGUGCUUUCGCGUUCAUAAUCUAACAUAAAAUCUAAUCAUGACUGGACAGGAAAAAAAAAUUGUGAACAAUUCUUAUAAAAGUUUUCUUUGUUCUGUUCCUUGGACUGUAGUCAAAAACUGCUGACACUGACAUGAUGUGGAAAACUAACGUGCAACCAUUUUUAUUCAAAUUUCCAUUGUAUUUCACUUUUUUUUUCUGACUCCUUCUCGAAUCAAUCUAUUUUUUUGCAAACACAAAACGUACUCAUUUGCAUAUCAAGUGCGAAAGUAAGAUCACUUGAGGGCGAACUAAGACUCCAUUUUUGACAGGAUGACCCGAGACGCAUGUUAAUGCUGCCCGAGCCGCGCGUUGAGUCAGUGCGAGUAAUGCCGGAUGUACAUAAUGCUUAACAGUUCAAAUUAAAUGUGUAAAUAUGAACAAUCAGGCAUGAAAGCCCGGCCCCCUAAUGACUCAUCUUAUCAUAACAGACGCCCUGGAGCUAUUUCCUUUGCAAUAAUGUGUGCUUUUUACUCUCCAAUCGGCUGCAUUUCAUUAGCGCUAAUCAGCGAUGAAGAUUAUAUGCUCUCAUCCCAAAAUAAACCAGGUUGUUGCCAAGGCUAUUUACCACCAAUUCUUUCUGAUGAAACCGAAAUUAAUUUGCAAAAGUGCCCAUCCAUUAUGAUGCGUGUAGGCGUAAAGUCAAGUGCAGAAAAUGAAUCAUUUUGCUGAAAUCGGACACAUUUGACAAGGUGAGGAACAUGCUGUGGAUGAGGAGAAGCUCAGAAUAUCAUCUCAUGAGCUCACUGCUUUGCAGAUUGAGACCAAAGACAGAAUCCCAAAAUUUCAAGGGAGCCCACCACUUGUUUUUUUUUCGGAUAAUCUCUCCGAAUCUGUGGUGUUCCCUCAAAGCUUCCCGCAGGGGAUUAUGGACAACUGGUGCACUUGUUUGGAAAUGAUUCAGGCUGUAAUUCUUGUGUGAAAUGUUGUAAAGGAUGAUGAUCACAACUGUAUUCACAUGUAUGAAAAACAAAACUCUUUGCCAUCAAUACACAUGAUUCACGUGUGCCAACAGUCACGUACUGUAGAAUGAAUUUACCGGCAUAUCACAAGGGCAUCGCAUUGAUGGUUUUUUAAAUUUUUUUGUUUGUUUUUU